UGGGUUGGAGUAGAGAAAAUAUAGUCAUUCCUAGUCAGUUUUACAAUCAUUGAAAUCUGCAGCCUGUUCUAUCGUCAUUACUGUUCUUUUGGUACCACUUGGUUUCUACUAUCCUUCUACUUGCAUCACUCUUAACCGGGCAGCUCCCACCGGGUAGUCAGGAAAUCUGAAUAUGGAAAAAGGUGACGCACCAAAUGACUCAGCUCCCCCAUAUCCUGGACCGCCAAUGAACUAUGGGAUGACUGCACCUCCACCUGUUGCAUACCAAGGAGUCCCAGCUGCGUCUGUCACACCAGUGACUCAUAUGGUAGUUACCCCUGCACUACAAGGUAUCCCAGGACAAACUGUGUGUCCCCACUGCAGUCAGACUGUAAUCACUACGACGGACCACACCGUAGGCCUGAUGACCUGGGCCAUUUGUGGUGGCCUCACCAUUUUGGGGUGUUUUCUGUGCUGCUGCAUCCCGUUCUGCGUUGAUUCCUGUAAAGAUGUGGAGCACAGCUGUCCAUCUUGUCAGAAGGUCAUCUACGUCUACAAGCGGUUAUGAGACUGACUGUAUGUGGUUGAUAAAAAUGUACGCAGUAGCUUAAAAGUAGUCCUCCUCUAAUCAAACGUGCAUGUACUUGAAGCUGAUGUAAUGCAUAUAUAAGGAAGGUCCCUCUCUAACCUUUGACCUGCUGAGCAGUAACAGAAUACAUGUAACUGAGGAAAUGUAGUUGCAGUUGCAAUUGAAAAAUCAGUAGUCAGAUUUUGGUAACAAACACCGAAGUGGACUCCAGCCUAUUAACAACAUACAGUACAUGAUGUGUAGGCCUGCUAUAUUUUUGGCCAUUACUAACCUCUUCUUCUUUUCCUUUGGUGUUCUACAUCAGUUGGCGUCCAUAGUGUUGCAUUGCUGCCUCCUUCCUCACUUUCCCUUGCACACCUUCACCUAUAUCUCUACCAUUUACUACUACUACUAAUGAUAAUAAUAAUGUGUAAACAUUCCUGAAUGUCUGUUAUAGCCGCUUGAAAGCAGAAACGUCUUGGUGUCCGCGCUACCUUCGAAAACCUUUUGCAGUGUUGAAGGUUUAUGUUGUUCAUUUUAAUCCACGGAAAAACAGAGAUGGCGAAACGUCUCCAUCUGCUGCUGCUCCAAUUUUAAGAGAAUCAUUUGCACAGCAAUGUAAAUCCAUGUAGUUACUUCUCUCUCUGUGUAUGUACUAUAAUUUUUUGUCAUACUGGUUUUAAAUUCAAAUGUAAUGCUGUGUAAAAUAAAUAACACUGUGACCCCUGU